AUGUCCACUGGUGUUCUAGGAUUGGGUAAGAGAGACUUUGUCUUCUCAAACUGGGCUGGGAUCUUCAGUUGUAAACCAUCUUUAUAUUUCCAACCAAGUACAUUAGAUGAAAUUGUGGAAUUAGUUAAUGAAGCUCGUAAGGCUAAAACUACAAUUAUGGUAGUUGGAUCUGGACAUUCACCAAGUGAUAUGACAAUGACUGAUGAUUGGUUAGUAAAUUUAGAUAAUUAUAAAAAAGUUUUAAAAGUGGAAAAACAUGAAUCAGGUUUAUAUACAGAUGUUACAGUGGAAGCUGGUCUUAGAAUUUAUCAAUUGAAUGAAUAUUUGGCUCAACAAGGUUUAGCUUUACAAAACUUAGGUUCAAUUAGUGAACAAUCAGUUGCUGGUAUUAUUUCAACAGGUACACAUGGUGCUUCUCCUUAUCAUGGGUUAGUUUCACAACAAUUUGUUGAUCUAACUAUAGUUAAUGGUAAAGGUGAAAUCGUUCAUUUAGAUUCAGAAACAAAUCAAGAUGUUUUCAAAGCUGCUUUGUUAGGUUUAGGUAAAAUUGGUAUCAUUGUUAAGGCUACAAUUAGAGCUAUUCCAGCAUUCAAUAUUAAAUCAUCUCAAGAAGUUAUUAAUUUUGAAACGUUAUUGAAUAAAUGGGAUACUAUAUGGACAAGUUCAGAAUUUAUUAGAAUUUGGUGGUUCCCAUAUGCUAAAAAAUGUAUUUUAUGGAGAGGUCAGAAAACUGAAGAACCUUUAUCAGCACCAAGAGAAAGUUGGUAUGGUACUAAAUUAGGUAGAUUAUUUUAUGAAUCUUUAUUAUGGCUUGCAGUUCAUGUUUGGUCCCCUUUGACUCCAUAUGUGGAAAAAUUCAUCUUCAAUCGUCAAUAUGGUAAUGUUGAAACUUUAGGUAAUGGUGCAAUUGCGGUUCAACCAUCUGUUGAAGGUUUGAAUAUGGAUUGUUUAUUUUCUCAAUAUGUUGAUGAGUGGGCUGCUCCAUUAACUAAUGGUCCUGAAAUUUUAAGAUCGUUAGAACACUAUAUUAACACUGCUGCUAUUAACCACGAUUAUUAUGUUCAUGUCCCAGUUGAAGUUCGUUGUUCAAAUACAACAACUACAAAUCAAGUUGGUAAUGUUGCCCAAAUUAAAGAUCGCUCAGAAAUCUCACCAGGUCCUAUUAAAGGUAACGAUUUACGUCCAUAUUUGGAUAAUACUCCGAAACUAAAUCAUGUUCCAUUAUCAGAUGUCACUAAUUCACAAUUAACUUUAUACAUUAAUGCUACAAUUUAUAGACCAUUUUUUACAAAUUCUCCUUAUGGUAAAUGGUUUAAGAUUUUCGAAGAAACCAUGGGUGCUGCGGGUGGUAAGCCUCAUUGGGCUAAGAACUUUUUAGGCUCAGUUGAAUGGGCUGCUGGUGAAGUUAAAGAAGAAAAAGCAUAUAAAGAUGGUGAAAUGAGAGGGUUUGCUAAGAAGAAUGAAGAAUGGUUUGGGGAAGAUUUGAAAACUUUCCAAAGAAUCAGACGUGAACAAGAUCCUGAUAAUGUAUUCCUAAGUUCCAAACAAUGGGCUGUUAGAAAUGGUAUUGUUGAAAUUGAUGAAUAG